AAAGUUGAUGUUAGCGUGGACCUCGAAACGGAUUUUGAGAUGCACUGCCCGCCUAUUGUACAACAUAAACGUGGGAAAACCCGUAGGCCGAUGCUUAAAGGACGUCCUAGAUAUACGGACGAUGCACCAAACAGCGCUACACAAGUGCAGCCUAACGGACCAACAUUUGACGAAGUCAGAUCUAGUGAGAUACAGAGCAAUGAUGGAGAAGCUGGAUAAAACUAGCAGAUAUUUGAAAGAAUACUUCCACGCCCUGGAUAUGAUAAUUCAUCAUACACCGGAAACCCGGUUUCAAAACAACCGUUUGGACAUAACAUUUCUUGAUUUUCCCAAUCGCUACACCCUGGUCCACAUGAGUCUUGUACAGACGACUGGCGUUCAGGAAGUAACACAGCAGUGAAAUGGGCCCUUGGACUGACUUCAUUUACUCGACGAGUACAUGUACUGUUAUUUAUCAUAAUGUUGUGUAACGCUUUUGUACACGCUUUGUUUGAAUUGCAUAGAUCCUUAUUUAUCAAAUUUAUUCAUGUUGUUACAUCACACUAAGCAAGUCGUAAACCUUUAAUAGCAGAACGCUUUUGAUCCCAAAAUGUGUGUUGACCAUAACAUGUGUGUUUGUAAUAAUAAUUUUCUUGACGGCUGUUGACUAGCUGUUGACUCCGUGUUGUAUUUCUGUAUAUGGCCGUAACCUUUUGAGGUGAAGGGGGCAUACAGAUUCGCCGUUGUACGCAGGUCCGUCCGUUCGUCCAUCCGCCCGUCCUUCCAUCCGUCAUAGUACGUUGUGUCCCGCGUAAUUAAACAAAUAUUGAUACUUAAGGGGUGACACUUUGCAAACAUAACAACCAUCCUGUGAACUUGCAACCUUCGAUAUUUCGGUUCGAUUAUUAUAGACGCAACAUGAGUUGUAGCCCCUUUUUGGCAAAAAAUAACAUUUGUUUACUUAUGUCGCGUAGCUUAAAAUGUAUGUCUGCCAGAGGCUGACACUUCACAAACAUAUUAUCCAGCAUGCUAUCUUUCGCAUCGGAGAAGUUCGAAUUAUUAAAAACAAGUGCUGCUACAGGGCAGAACUUUGUAACAAACAAAUAACUGUAUGUUAAAUUGCGUAUCUCUAUAUGCGCAAAGGAUACUUUUUACGCAGCCGUAAUUAUGGCCUCUCGCGCGUAACUCAAACAGUAUUGCGGCUACAGGGCAGUAAC